UAUCGGGACACAUUAGCAAUUAUUAGAACGAUAUUGUGUGGGGGCACUCACCAAAACCUCAUUGUAAGGCUUGGAUUGUAUGGCUACUGUUUUCUUGGUUCUACAUGUGUACCAGUUAGGGUCAGAAGUUCAGUGAUAAUACACAGCCUACCUGGUCGAAACGUGUGUAAGAGCUGCUCUCGAUCGAAGCUCUGUAUUGCCAUCCUCGCGUUCAUCAAAAUAUUGCUCAUAUCGUAGUGAUUGGAUACUGAAAAAAUUGCAUUUUGAUAGGAUCGUCGGUCUGUUGGGAAAGGACGUAUGCAUUGCCUAGGAUAUUGUGGAUAAGGAUUUGUAGCAGCUCAUCAUUCGGAUAGCCCUAUUUCAUAAGUAGUCCCAAACAUAGUCUGUGGAUAGAUUCCGACUUGGAUUCAGUAACACAAGGUGCUUUAUGUGUAGACCAUCUCUCAAUAAAACACAUGAUCGCUUGGAUUUCUGCUUGAUGAACCUUUUACUUGUGGACAGCACACAUAUUUUUGAGCUGCAUGGUCAUCUUUUUAAGGACUCCACUGGCCCAGUGGCAGCUUCAAUUGGCCACUGCUAAAUCACAGACUGUGGUUGGCACAGUAGGCCUACACACUUUGGAUCAGUCGUCAAUCUGCUUGAGUGCUCCUCAGCCAAGUCAGAAGACGGAAUUGCUUCCCUGCUGGUGACCAUUUGGUCUUCUCAAUGUGAAUACCCCAUCAACUUUUUGCUACACGUUCAUCUCUGCCACAGAAACGUAUCGAUUGCCCAUGCCUGCAUCUCUCAGAUAUUCCACAUAUCGAUGUUCCUUCUACAUCUGUGUAUGAGCUGUAUCGAGUCAGCGCAUAUUCUCGACAGUCUAGGUCACAUGGUUAUGCAUGGACUAUUGGACAGAGUGUGUGGCGAAUGUUAAAACAUUUAAUUCCUGGAUAGUUUUCUCACUUUCGUGGAUCAGCACCCAAAUGCCGAAAUGAGAAACGCCGCCGAGAGCAGGAGAAUGUAUACAUCGAGGAGCUUGCUGAGUUAAUCUCUGCCAGUAUAUCGGACAUGAGCACAUUCUCGGUGAAACCGGAUAAAUGCGCAAUACUUCAGGAGACUAUCAACCAGAUUAAACGUAUCAAGCAGCAGGAAGAGAGUACGCCAAGAGAUGCUGUCCAACAAAGUCGUGUCUCGUCCAGCCGGCCCAACAUCCUCGCUAAUGAUAUAUUAGGUCCCUUACUCCUUGAGGCUUUAGACGGUUUCCUUAUUGUCGUCAACAAUCAGGGCAAGGUCGAAUUCGUUUCCCAGAACGUGGGCCAAUAUCUUGGAUAUGUUACAGAAGACUUGAUUGGCAAGAGUAUCUAUAACGUCAUUCAUAUAGGUGACCAUGCCCAGUUCAAUAGCAGCCUUACGCCAAGAUCUCUAGUUCUCCCUGGCAGUAGUAGUGGAAACCUUGGCUGCAACGAAUCGCGGAGUCGCACCUUUAAUUGUCGUAUGCUAAACAAAGUCGGCGGUGAAAAUGACGAUGAAUUGGAGCCCAGCCACAACUCGCAGUAUGAGACGAUGCAGGUCUCUGCCAUUAAUCAGCCAUACCCUGUGGACAAGGACUCGGAAACUCAGGAAGAGGGCUCAACAGAAAGCCAAUCCUGCCUAGUGUGUAUAGCGCGGCGCCUACCCAUCAGUGAGAAGACUGGCAGUAUGCUUGGUAUAGAGCAAUUCACCACGAAACAGGACCUAACAGGAAAAGUUGUCAAUUGUGACACCAGUGCAAUAACCCCCAGCCACUACAGUUACCCCGACUUUAUCGGACAGAAUAUUCGUGAUUUCUGCCAUGUUAACGACGUCCAACAGCUCGGGAAACAUCAUCAAGAAGUUCUGAAAAAUGGCUGCAGUACGAGUGCCGUUUAUCGGUUCAAACUCCAGGAAAAUCGCUUCGUGUUCGUUCAGACUAAGAGCAAACUUUUCAACAAUGCAAUCACUGCAGAACCAGAGUAUAUUAUGUCAUCACACUCAAUUAUCAGGAAUCAUAAUGGUCCGGGCAUACUGUGCCCAAGAGCUCACACUCUAUCAGAUCAGCCCAGGCCGAACUAUCGUCGGGAGUGCGAUUCGGACCACGAACUAAAAGGUUCGGCAUCUACGAGUCUAAUGAAGUCGAUUAUCGGACAGACGAGCACAGCACACAGAGGCAUGCUGGGAAUUUCGAAUAUUUCAAAUAUGAACAUGAAGAACUUAAUGAGCGGGGUGAAGAUACAGUUUCGUAAGGACGAAAUGAAUAUUGACCCUGGUUUAGAUACGGCAAAUUGGGAUAUGCUGCUGAAUGCAGAUUCUUUUGGAUUAAAAAAUUCAAAUUUUUCAAAUUCGGGUCCGAGUUCGGAAUCGGUGACACUGGCAUCGGCAGCACAUACGCCAACCACGCAUAUAUCAUGGAGUAACAUGUCGCAAAUAAAUGCCCCGCAGGUACGGACUCAAGGCGGAAUGCAGCAGCGUCCGCCGACACUAAAUGUUCAAAAUCGUAGCUCCUUAUCGCCGGGAUUUCCAAAUCAACGAAGCCCGGGUUUCGCGGGAUCGGGACAUUCAGGACAAUCCGGACAUUCAGGGCAGUUGAGCCCGGGAUUUGUCCAAAGUCCAAACGCUGUGAUGUCUGUAAAGAGUCCGGGAUUUGCCGCCCAGAGUCAGCGGAGUCCGGGAUUCGCCGGUCAGAACCAGUGGAGCCCGGGCGCGGGAUUUCAGCAGCAGCAACGGAGCCCCGGGAUGACUGGGCAGGGGCGGGGACAGGUGCGAAAUCUCCCGCCGAGUUUUCAACAGCCGCAGGUCCAGCGUAAUUCAUCAUCGACCUCGAUGAUGUCGCCUAUGUCAAGGAGUCUGUCCAGUCAGUCCGAUGAUGUGUUCAGUGACCAGCAGGUGGCGCCAGCGACGUCUGCCCAGGCCCUCAGCUCGAAAAUGAACAGUCAAAUGUCGCAGCUCAAACUUCAGCAGCUACAGCAAUCAGGUGGCGGCAUCUCCCAGGUCGGUGCGAACUUGCAGAAUCCUCUGGCAGCCCUCCAGAGCAUGGAGGCGCAAGCAGGCAACAACGUUCAGAUGCCAAACUUGUCGCAAGCUGCGCGGGAACAGUUUGCUCGCGACCAGUUCAAUCGACUGUCGUACAAUCAGCGGUUCAAACUGCGCCAACUUCUGCAGCAGAACAGGGUGUUGGAUACCAAGGAGCAGAACGAUGUGCCACGUUCUCCUGCGAUCAGUGUACAGUCGCCGCAGCCAGGCCCUGGCCGGAGUCCGCAGGAACAGCCCCAGAGCACGUCGCAGGACGACCCAGACGACCCCCUGCGGAGACCGGAGGGUGAUAACAUCAUCUUGAAACAGUUGCUGUCGCAGGACGAUGAGAUGGUGGAUAAGGGCGAAAAAACAUCCGAAUCCGACAAAAAUGAGGCGGAGCCGAAGAGGAAUGAGAAUAUUUUGUUAAAGCAAUUACUGAAUGAUGAGCCACGAGCAGACGGCAACAGUCACGAGGUGAAACGACCGAAGAGGAACGAGUUGUUACAGAAAUUAUUACAACAGGUAGAGGAGGAUGAGGAAUCAGAGGCAAAUGUGGAAAGUACGACCAAUCAGGAUGGUACGCCUCCGCCGCAGAAACAGGAUAGUACUAGCAACAGCCAGCAGAGGGCGCCUCAAGGAAUGAACACGACGAGUGCUAAUAACGUGGCACACUCAAACUCGGACUUUGAUAUGGAACUAGACUCUUUUCUGUCGAGCACUACCGGAACUUCAGCUGCUGCGGAUAAAAUUGCGCAAGUUAUAAAUUCAGGCGGGAAUUUGGAUUUUCUUUCACAGUUAUGGGACCGUGAUAAUAACGAUUCGUUAGACAAUAGUAGGCAACUACCGAUAGUGCAGAAUGUACCGAGUUUGAAACGUAAGGCAACGUCGCAAGACGUCGAUUCGACCGAAAUGGUUGAGGCGGAAUCGUCGACCCAUAAUUCCCAUCACAGCCAGUUAGUUCAGAAUAAUAUGCUGCUCACGCAGUUGUUGUCGAAAAAAGAUGCUGUGCAGAAAAAUAAUAGACAGGCACGCGCGAGCGCGAGUAGUGUUGACCCAAUGGGCUGUCCCCAGGAUAGUUUACCGAAAAACAUCGAUAAAAUGAUGAUCGCGACAUCAACUGUUGAGGAUUUGAAACCGUUGGUAAAAGCGGAUAAUAAGAGUAACAAGGAUGUUAAGAAGACUCCAAACUCUUGGGACAAUCCACGCACGAAUCCUAACUCACCGUUCCCCGGCAACACCAAGGAUGACGUCAAGGAACAAAAGGUGGCAGCACCGUCAACAUCUACCUCAAUUACAAACACUUACGAGAAUUUGCAACAGCUUCUGUCGCACACUAGUCAGGGGGCGGAGAGCAUUGACGUCCCAUUGAGUGGCUCCACCGGGGGUGCUGGUGGGACGACCGGUGGUCCGCAAGCGCAAUUUUCUAACACUGACCCGUUUUUCGACAAUAUGAUACAGCAGGCGCAGGAGUUGCAACAAGACAUUGGGGCGCAGGCUCAGCAGCCGCAACCACAUCCACAGCCGCAACCGAUGCAACAAUCAGCGCCCCCUAUGGACCAAACAAAUAUGACAGAUGACGUGACGUUGUUGUCGCAAUUAGAACAGGUUCUAAACUCAUCGAAUUUAUCAUUGACGGAAAUUGAUAAUUUACUCGGUAUAAAUCAGGCCGCGUCGCAAUUUAAUACAUCGUCAGACAUGUCUGAGCAGAUGGCGAUUGAUGCCAUUCAGCAACAAUUGAUGCGGGACGACCCCAUGGCCUCUACCAGCUCUAGUGUCGUCUCCAGCACUGGACCACCGCAGCAGCAGCCUCAGCCGGACACGACCGGUUUGAUUCCGAAAUCAAGUGCCAAUAGUCUGUUGAUGGAGUUGAAUUCGUCGUUGGACGCGGGUGCGGGGAUACAGCGCACAUCGCCGAUGAUGCAGGGACAGUUCCAACAACAGCAACAACAACAACAACAACAACCGCGGGGACAUAUUAACUUCAACCAGCAGCAGCAGCCGCAGCAGCAGCAGGGAGGUGGGCCGAGGUUUCCUCAGAAUUUACCAGCAGGCAUGCCAAACGGAAUGCCGCAGCCGCAACAGAAUCGGAUCGGUCAACAACAACAACAACAACAACAACAACAACAGCAACAGCAACAACCAUUUCCGUCAAAUACGUUGUCUCAGGCCAACAUCGUACGCCAUUCGUUACUGAUGCAGCAGCGGCAUAAGCAGAUGCGGGAGCAAAAGCGUCUUGCCCAAGAGCAUCAACGCCUGAUCAUUCAGCAACACCAGCAGCAAGUCAGCCAAUACGGCGGACAGAAUAAUUUCAAUCAGGUACAAAUGGACCCAAGUCAAAAUUUCCCGGAGAAUUUCUUGGAUUUGAUGUCGGGCGUCGCGCCGAACGUUUCCCUUCAGGUAAGGACCCCUGACAAACAGUUAAACAGCCCCAAGAUACGUGCUCUCCUGUCACCCCCGGACCCAAGCAUGAACCCUCCCAAGACACUAUCAACACAACCCGCGGACCCUGACAAAGCAAAAUGGACCAACCCCAAGCCAAAUCAGGGCAUUCCUGGGCCAAUGUCGCCUAUGUUCAACCAGAAUAUGAACCAGAUGAUGGGGCCCCCUCCGCCCCAAUCGCCGAGCCACCUUGGGCAGUUCGGACAGCCCCCACCACCCCCGCAGAAUCAAUGGAAUAACCGUGGGGGAGGCAUGAAUAGUCCGAUGAUACAGAAUCAAAUGAUGAGCCAGAACUCGCAGUUUAGUAAUCUACAACAUCAACAUUCCGUGCCAACGUCCUCAAUGGGUUCGCCAGUCUCGCCGUACUCGGACAACAGCCAUUACUCCAGCAGCCAAAAUAAUGGCAUGAACAUGUUCCCCGGGCAACAGGGGCAACCGACACAGCAGACAACAGCACAACAGGGACAACAGCAGUUCCCGCAGAUGUCGCGGCAGAUGAUGCAACGGCAGAUGAGCGGAGGUCAGGGUCUGUCACCGGUGCCGCAAGACUGGAAUAAACAAAAACAAGGUUUGGGCAUGAGUGGCAAUAUGUCAAUAGCCUCUCAGCCCAUGACAUCGACGAGUCAGAACUUCAUGAAUUCGACAUCGAACAUGGGGCAAAACUUCGACCAACAGAUGCAGUUUGUGAAUAGUGUUGGGCAGGAUUUCAAACAACAAGUUGGUGUUGACGCGUCCCUGACGAACAGCACGUCACAACACGUCAAACGAGAGUUGCGUAAUAAGUGUAACACGCGGUUACAGAACCAACAACAACAGCAACAACAAGACCAGUUUGGGUUCGUUAGCGAUGAACUCCCGAUGGACCUACUGUGCCAAAUUGAUGCACUGACUCGCGAGCAGCAGCAACAGCACCCCCAGGGCCUCCUGGGGCCCAUGAUGGGGAGUCCCGCAGACCCUAAUCAGGGCUGCCCGCCAGAAAUCGAACGCGUCAUCCAGCAGAGUCGGCAGGAGGCUAAAAAUAGAUAUGAGAAGUUCCGGGCGAUGGCUGCGCCCGUGGGAGGGAAUCAGCAGGAGUUUAAUCAGUUGGCCAUGGCAUUUGAAGAACACGACUAUCCAGAAGUGAAGGCGGGCAACCUAUUCCGCCAUCAGUUGCAAAAAAACCCUGGGCACAAGGAUGGGCAGCAGCAGCAACAACAACAACAACAGCAAGGCGGUCAAAAUACGGGCAAGAAGACGCCCGUCAAGAAUAUACAGAAGCCCGACUUGCCGCAUGUGAACGUCGUUCAGACUGAACCGAGGACCCCCUGCGAAGAUAUGAAACCGGCCGACCACAAGAAUAGUCUACUGCAGCAACUGCUGUCGGAAUGACAGGGCGAAAACUCUAGAUAAUAGUGUAUAUAUUCUCUUAAAGGUGGCGCCUUGUCGCACCUAGUACGAAUCAUGGCAGCAAGCUUGGGCAGGGAGAUUGCGAGGCGCGAGAUCGAUACGAGAAUGCGCGAAAUAUGUGCGAUGUUUCGAAACUCUCGGAUGAUUACGGAGGUUGUUGUGGUCGUUGUUGUGAUGACGUAAAAUCACCGACCCACGUCCAAUACUCGGACUAGAUGUUGUUCUGGUAAUUUGUGUGGUCGCCACUGGGUGUCAGCACAUGAUGAUUGGUGUUAGGAUCGGAGGAACGCAGGGAAAUUUCCGCGGGAUUGUGAGACAGAUAUGUAAAACGUGUCUUGGUUCGCAGGUUUGCCACAAGAGGGCACCAUGGGCUGAACUGCCAUAGGAAAAUACAAGCAGCUACAAAAUAAGCAGCUACGAUUUCCAUCACUUCGGUAUUCUCAAUUCAAUUUCUGAAUUACGAAUAGGUGCUUCGAGAUACCGACACGCCCAUGCGGACAGACACUGGACGGACUGGCGUGGACAUUCAAUGAUUCAUAGAAAUGUUGAUUUUGCAAUCGUUUGUUUCCAAAAGCCUCAUAGAGGUCGCUUGAAAGAAUCAUUGUCGCGCAGACAGAAUUGCAACUUGGUGCUUUUCGAGUGUUUUUUUUCUCGAUCGAAAGUGACGAUCUUUUCUUUUACCGCUUGUUGCGUGUAGCUAUCACGACUAUAGAAGGACUGCCGUCGUUGCGACGUAAAAUUCAACAAAAGAACGAAGGUUUUCCCAGAGCUGGGAGAGUCCGAGUUCGAAAUGAUGGUGAAGGCACUGCACUGUUUGGAAAAUGUUUCCAUAGUAACGCUAUGGUUUCCAUGGUAACUGAAUAUUGUUUCCAUGGCAACUGGAUAUUGUUUUGUUUUGUUCGCUCUGUUUGCUCGGCUAAGUGUUCGGUAUAAUGGCGGUUCGGGGUUCCGCCAUUAUUGGACAACGUGGAUACUUUGUCUUCAAUUUCAAAGUGAGGCUGCGUAAAGUGCAGUUUGGAAAUUAUAGUUAGGUCAAAGUCGAUCUUUUUUGUGUAUUUGGACUCGAUUUGUAAUCGUUAUGUUGUAUAUAUGGACUACCGAGAUUUGAAAUAUGUGCCACCUCAAAAUUAAAGGCUCGGGGAUGUUACAGUCAUGUGAUAAACUCGUACGUUUUUCUAUUUGUACAUACGGACCAAUAUGGACUAGUAACCCAACACCCCUGGCUCUCGCAAUGAAUCGGUCCGAUUUUUAGCCGCUUACAUUUGAUAAACAGGCUGUUCAAUUACAAGAAGGGGUGUUAGGGAUGUAAAUAUUUGCAGAUGAAGCAUUUGUUGUAGGAUUUAGCUGUUCGUACACAAUGUCUGCUGAACAGGAAAUGGCGAGAUUUUUUUGAUGCUAUUUGAAAAUAAUGUUUCCCGCAACGGUUUUUUUCCAUUGACUGAUCUUGGGUUUCGAAAGCCAUUUAUGUCAGUAAUGAAGCUCCUUCUUAAUUUCCGUAGGGUGUGAAGUUGUUUUGCAGAUAAUCUACAUUUUGCACUCCAAAAACUAAGGACAUACAGUACUGAUUCAUUUACGUCUUUAUUGCACAGAAUUUCGUUGAGGUUCGUGCCUUAGUUUGGCGAAGUUAAUAUUUUUCAAACUUUAGAUUUUUUUAUUGGAGUUAGGCCCCUCAAUCAUUGGGCCAUAUAAUUUGUUCAAGUUCUUGCAUUCAGAUGAAGUGUUAUGGUUAUUUUUCCCAAAUCAUUGGCAAAUUUUUUCUUCAAAAAAAUGAACAUGUAUAAGUAUUGUUCAGAGUGUUUUGUGCCAGGAUACACUGUCAUGUUUAAGCCUAAACAUCGCUUAUUAAUUUGGCUUUCUGAUUAAGCAUGUUCUGGGCCUAAUUUUACUCAUUUUUGGCACUAAGUGUUCUAAAAAGCCAGAACCGUUCGUCCAAAAUUUGAAACUUGAAAUCGGCUAUUUUUACAUCAUUGUCUGAAUUCACUAGAAAAUCUUUUUAAAAAAUAGGCCAGUACGAAUUGUUCAAAAUCUUUAUAGGUGAGAUUUAUUUCUAUAAAUUAUAGAGAAGUAUUUAACCGAGAAUAACUUUGUAAUUCACGUUUUUUAUUUUUUGCCUUUGGCAUUUUAAAGUCAUUCGUGUGUCAUGGAGACAAAUUGUAUCGAUCCUUGAAGAGCAUAAUUAAGGCCAGCGCAUGAAACUCUUCGUUAGUCAGCUGGGAGGAUUUAAGACACCAGGGAAACAAAUUCAAUAUCAGCGUUUCAUCCCCAACAACCCCUUUCAGGCCCCUUGGGGGGAAAAAACUAUCAAAUUUUACUGUUUGAGGUUUUUUGCAAAAGGCAGACCUGCAGACACUCGUGUGAACUUUGUAUAUUUUCUUAUCGAAAUUAUGUAAAUACGGUAAACUGAAUAUAGCAUGUUGUUGAUUUCAGCACACAGUUGUAGAUAGACAAAUGCCAUUGUCCUAAUUUGUUCUGUUUUGAAUUGACUUUGACAAGUUUGGACUAGUCCAUUUAUAAAGGGGUUUUAAAUUGACUUCGACAAGUUUGGACUAGUCCAUUUAUGAAGGGGGGUUAGUUAAGUGUCUGGUAUAUCGGAUGUAUAUUAUGUUAGAGAGCAUUUCAGGAAAACUUCACUGAUUUGAGUGAGGAUUGACGAUUACUGGAUAAUUUCAGUGAGUUCCAGAGCCUCGUCUUUAAGACGCAGGUCGCUAAUGUUUGUAAAGAAAUACACUUAUCAUUAUGGAGAGGUUCAGGCAAGUGGAAAUUCAUGAAAUUUGGCUUUAAAAAAGGCCUGAAGGUGUCAUGUACUAUUUGAAAAUAUCUGUAAAGUCUAAAAAUGUAUUUCAUGAAAUUUUUGUAAUGGUUCUCCUCUCAAAAUCUCAAUUUGUUGCCAAAAUCCGACAUUAUCGUCGGUGAAGUUUGCUGGAGAAAUUACUGAAAAUUCUGUUGGGCAUUUUGAGAAACCAGAGCUACAGUUCUUAUGAUUUGUAAAAAAGCAUCCUUGAUUGUUAGGUAACAUUUAUAAGUGCUAGGUCUUGGAGUGUCUUUUAUUCCAUGUGGACUGAAGCGCUUUGGGAUCAUUCGAGCGCUAUGGGGCAGCGUCGCAGUUCACACCUGCGACGAAAAUGAUUGUACAGUUUGGGAAUCUUUUAUAAACUUUGUUGUGCUAGACGUUGCUUGGAUGUUUUCAUGGUUUCUAUGGUAAUGGACCCCUUGGGAAAAGUUUGAUGACCCCUUGUAACUACAGUGUGAGCCAGAAAAAAUGUCGAUGUCCAGUCUAUGCCUGGUAUUAAAAGGCCGAGUCUACUGAGCAGAUUCUAAAAUUCUCAGAAAUUUUUAGUUGCACUUGUCUUGCAUAGAUGGCAGCACUGUGAUCCACAUCAGAAAAACUACCAGAAUGUCAACAAAGACCUUAAGUAUGCAGAAGUCUGCAACUCUAAAAAUUUCGGAACGAGUUUACAAUCCCCGAUCACACCCCAAAAAAAGGUCAUCGGUUGACUAACCAAGCAUCACUGUUCAAUGGAUUUAUAGUUGAAUGCGAUCAAACUACGUCAUUUCCGAUCGGGGAUUGUAAAGUUUAGCCAAAAUUUCUCACUGUUGUCACAGUCAAGGUCAAAGUGGACUCUGCCUUUAAUCUCAGAGCAUCAUGGGAAAAUAAUUCAAAAUACGUUCCUUGGGCACUGGCGUUUUCUAUGGUGGUUUCCGAUUGUCUUGAUGCGAGUGCUCUGUUGCGUUUUUGCUUAUGUUUACGCAAGUCUAACGUUUGGACUAUUUGUCUACGAAAUUUCGUACGUUUUGUAAUUGAAAAAACUUUCAUAAGUUGUUUAUAUAUGUACCUUUCAAUGGGAUAUCAAGCAUGUAUAUUUAGUUGUCUGAAUAGACUUGGUUUUCUGUCAAUGUCAAUUUCAAUUCUUAAAUACAUUCACGGCCGAACAACGUAGAUCUAUUUGGACCAAAACUCCCUCUUCCAGCAGGUUAUCCUUGCUCCAAAGGCUACAGCCUUAAAACGACACAAAUGCCAUCUUCAGGGAAAGGUAGGAACUGAAACAGUUACCUCCAUAAAACCAAUUUUGAAGUGAUUCUGCCUUUGGGAAUUUUGAGGGUAAGGGGACUGGAACGGGGAUAUUCCGUCCACAUUUUUCACCCAAAAAAUUCAAAAAGGUAGCUUUUUAUUUUCAAAAGACCUUUUGCAGCAAAUUGAUAGAAUUUAUUGCUGGUGCUGCUCCGGCCGUGAAACUCUCCAACUCAGUGUGGGUUUCCAUAUCACAGAGGUGUCGGCAUAGAUGGUUCCACUGUAGUGUUAUUUUGCUCCCCAGCUUUUUGUACUUGAUCACCCUGGAGUAUCGGUUUCCCAGCUUACCGAGGACUUGGGGAUGUGUGUCUGUUUUAUACUGAGCAGGCCUGCUAUGGGAGAGGGUGCACCUUACAAUAAAAUCAGGCAAGUUGGUCGGUUUUCAUUUGGUAGAGAAUAAUAAAUUCUGUGCAUGCAGUGGACGUUGAACAGAAGUUUUAUUUCUCGGAAAGUUGGGAAACUUCUUCUUCCUGGUAUUGAUGCUAUUGCUGUUUUAAGAUGUCGUUAAAAGAUGAGGAAAGAUUGGCAGAGAUGUAAGGUAUGGUACAAUUUUGCCUUGUUAGAGUUAAAGCCUCAGUUUGCAUUAGUGUGCACUGACAGGUGUGUUUACCCUGUAAAGGCUGUAAUUGUAACAAGACUUUAAUUGUACCAGCUUACCUUAAUACCUGGCUUGGUUUAAUGAUAACCAAGCAAGGAAUAUGUAUGUAAAUGAUGAUGAAACCUUUAUCAAUUUCUAUGUUUAGUUUUAUGGGGCAUUGCUGUACGAGUUUAUGAGGCCUUGGGCCGUGUUUACGGAGACCUCGUACCUUUGUGACCAUCCUCACCAUCGGUGUUGGAUCGCUAUGAUAACGAGGCCUACAGUACAUCCUGAGGUUGCCCGGUUGGAUGACGUCAACACAAAUCUCUUGUUUGGCAACCAGUAAACAGUCAAACAAUAGAUUUGUGGUGUCAUCACCUUGGGGUGAAAUGGAAUUUACCGAGAUGUGGCCGGGUUUGCAACUUGCUGAUGUUCAGAUAAGGUAAUAGGGUACAAAUCCUAUUUGUGCAUCAAAUGUGUUCUUAUGGCUGUUUGCUAUGCCUUUGUAAUUGUACCAAUUUACCUUAUAUUGUAUAUCUCAUCUUGCAAUCCUGGUUGUCAUCUGGUUUAUCUCUAAUUGACCACCAGUUGUUCUUCUUUCUGAGUUUUUAUGUCAUCAGUCCGGAUGGGGAUUGAUUUCCAUACCUUGCAUUUUAAUGUGGAUUUCCAAAUGUGCAGCGUUUGCCAUAUCAUGAUGACUGCCUUCCAACACUGGUGAAAAUCGUUAUCAGAGUACGGCAUCAGUGUAUUACUACCAGUGGCGGCGCAUGGUGUCAGGUUUGUACAUUAUCCUCCUGGCCUGGUAAAGCACAUGCCCAUGUUGUCCCUUUAAGGUGGGUCAAAGUUCAGUAUAUAAACAUGGAUACUCGGGAGUGACCGGCAGCAAUUACAAUGACUACAUGUAUUGGCAUUACUGAAUCAGGUUUGAGGCUGAUUGACUUGAAGACAAUUUCCUUUUCUCCAAUUUCCACCAUAGAUUUACUCGUACCUGCGCAUACGAUUGCAACUGGUGGACAAUUAUCAAUCAAAUAAGUUUUAGGCCAUGGACUUCUCGUAGUAAGUUGUAAACAAAUUGGCUGCUAGUGCCAUCUAUUGCGAGAGUGAAGUACUUCCCCGAAGCCAUAUUGUGUAGAUCAGGGAGUGGUUACUUCUCAUUGUCAUUAUGUACUAUAAUAACAUAUAUUAUGUAGAAA